CGGCGCGAGCCGGCGGGGGCGUGGCCGCGCGCUCGCUGGCGAUGAAGGAGCCGCCGCCAUUUUCGCGCCUCUGCCCGGGAGCGGGGCCGGGCCGGGCCGGGCCGGGCGCGGCGCGGGGGCGCCUGACGCGCCGGCGCGUUGGGCGCCGCGCCGCCCAUGGAUGCCGGAGCCCGAGCGCCGGGGAAGCCCCGCGAGUACAAACUGGUGAUGUUGGGCGACGGUGGAGUCGGGAAGAGCGCCAUGACCCUGCAGUUCAUUUGUCACCGGUUUCCAGAGGAUCAUGAUCCUACGAUCGAGGAUGCUUAUAAAGUACAGAUGCGCAUUGAUGAUGAACCUGCCACUCUGGAUAUCUUGGACACUGCAGGACAGGCGGAGUUUACAGCCAUGAGAGAGCAGUACAUGAGGGUUGGCGAGGGAUUUAUCAUCUGCUAUUCGAUCACAGACCGGCACAGUUUCCAUGAAGUGCGUCAGUUCAAACACCUCAUAUAUCGCGUUCGACACACCGAAGACAUUCCCGUGGUCCUGGUGGGAAACAAGUCUGAUCUGGCACAGCAACGACAAGUCUCUAAAGAAGAAGGCUCUGCAUUAGCAGAAGAGUUCAACUGCCCUUUCUUUGAGACGUCUGCUGCAAACCCCAAACCUGAACCAAACCUGAGCCGGGACUUUGGUGCGAGGCGUGCAGCGGUGGAUACGGAAGCCAAGCAGGGAACGGUGAGGAGAGAUUUUCUUUCACAUCUCGCACAGUAAGUAAAUAGAACCAACCAGCGCCUGUACUUCGGCUGAGACGUUUUACCCAACUGCACUCACUGCCAGGAUAAAUUCUGGUUAAACACUGCGCUCAAUGCCAGCGCAGGGAACAAUGCCGUAACGAUAAGCGUUAGUGUUAAAUAAAUCAUGUCUUGUGCUGUUGGGCGCUGAGUUCUGAUGCACACACAGGUCCUGUGGAUCCACCCGGCACCAUCCCAGCAGCUCCUGAUCGUUCCGUGUGUCCCAUGCCUCAUCCGAGUGCUGUGUGGUUGGGUGCGGUGGAGCUGCACCAGCAGAGAAGGGGUUGGGCCAAGCCUCAACUCCACAAGGGCUUCAGUCCCUCAUUCUUCCCUGCUUAUGGCAGGAGAGUUGGAAUUAGAUGAUAUUUAAGGUCCCUCCAACCCAAACUAUUCUGUGGUUCUAUGAAAUAUCUAUCUAGCUUUCUAUCUAUAGCUAGAAAGCUGCCUGGAGGAGAAGGACCUGGGGGUGUUGGUUGACAGCGAUUCAACACGAGCCAGCGGUGGCCCAGGGGGCCAAGAAGGCCAAUGGCAUCUUGGCUUGGAUCAGAAACGGCGUGGCCAGCAGGGAGAGGAUUCUGCCCCUGGACUCAGCACUGGUGAGGCUGCACCUUGAAUCCUGGGUUCAAUUCACUCCAAGAAGGAUGUUGAGGCUCUGGAGUGUGUCCAGAGAAGAGCAACGAAGCUGGUGAGGGGCUGGAGAACGAGUCUGACGAGGAGCGGCUGAGGGACCUGGGGGUGUUUAGGCCUGAGAAGAGGAGGCUGAGGGGAGACCUUAUUGCUCUACAACUCUCUGGAAGGAGAGUGUAGAGAGGAGGGAGCUGAGCUCUUCUCCCAAGGUGACAGGACAAGGGGGAACGGCCUCAAGCUGCGCCAGGGGAGGGUCAGACUGGACAUCAGGAAGAAAUUUUUCACAGAAAGGGCCAUCGGGCCCUGGCAGAGGCUGCCCAGGGACGAGGUGGAGUCCCCAUCCUUGGAGGUGUUUAAAAGACAGAUAGACGAGGUGCUCAUGGACAUGGUUUAGUGGCAGAUGGGAAUGGUUGGACUCGAUGAUCCAAGAGCUCUUUUCCAACCUGGUGAUUCUGUGAUUCUAUGAUACCGGAAUCGCAGGGAAUGUUGCUGGUGAGCCUCGUCCCAGGAACGGUGCUGGGGGCAGCCGGAGCAGAGCUGGAGAGGGUCAACUCAUGGUGUUUGCCAUGGUGAUUGUGUUGGAGAUGGUGGACAAGGUAUGGAGGACAGGGAAGCUCCAGGCAUCCUCCCCUCUGGCACAGCGCGGUGGGCAGAGCUGCAGCGCCAGUCAGGGGUCUUUUCCUGGGACCCCGGGUGAUCUUCCUGUAGAGCGUGAGCUGAAACUGUCGAGGUCCUUAAGGAUGAGACUUGAAGCACGUUUAAGGAUUGAGAAACCCAAACCACCUGUUGAGGUGAAGCUUUGGAAGGAGGUACAGUGCUCACCGGGCUGUGUUGCUGGGAAACCGCUCCCCGCUCGGUGCUCUCUGCCAUUCUGGAGUCGGGCUCCGUGCCCAGUGAUGUUCUGAGCUGCAAAAAAACAACUUGCAGAAGGCAGCUCGUCGUGUUGAGAGGCCGCUCCAUCACAGAUAAAGCGUCCUGGAGAAUUCAGGUUGGAGUAAGAACCCAGGAAUUCCUUUAAGUUACAAAGGUUGGAGCCAAAUUGCUGCUUUUCCUGCCCUUCCAAUGUCCCCUUUCGCUGGGGUUGACCUUGGCUAAUCAACGCCCAUCCACGGCACCAAGUGACGCCAAGGUUACCGGAAGCUUUUGUAUGCAUCAAUGCCCAGUUUUACAGGCCAGGAUUCUCCUACGUUCCUUUAUUCCUUUGUGCUUUCUUUGGUGUGCGCUUUCCUUGUGAAUCGGCAUCGCAGAAACCGAGGGCGGUUUAGACCCCAAUCUGACAUCGCUGGGUCUGUGGUUCCUACAAACAUGGCAGAGGCGGCAGCCAAAGUGAUUUAAUCUUUAUUUGCACGCUCAAUGUGCGUUAACAAAUCCAACAUACAAGGUAGCGUUACAUCAUGUAGGUUAGCUUACAGCAUUAGGCGAUUUCACACAUGUCAAGUUAGGGUUUUUUGCCUUUUUUUUUGUCUUUUUUUUUUCACACAAAGUUGUAACUUUCCAAGUUAAUUUUACAAUAGAAGACACAAGGUAAAGAAGAACCACACCUGGGAGAUUUUACAGUGAGUCCGCUGUCACUUUACUGUCUAUUUUACGGUUUAAAAAAUAUAAAUCUGCACAUUUUCAGUUCCCUGCUAUUCCCGAGAGCGGUGGAGCUCCUCCUGUCUGCCCGACAGCCUAAGUCUAUUUACCCUGAGCAUGUUUCCUUGACAAAGAAGGUCAUCUUCCCUUUCCAACUAAAGGAGAUCAUCUCGGCUCAUGCACGCUUUCCACACUGAAAGGGGGAAAAGGGAACUGUGGGGGUUGGUGCAAGUGCGUCCUGUUCAAUGCUUGGAACGGUGUUGGAAAGCAUGGUUCCGAGGAAAGGCGGUGGCAGUUGCAGCAACGUAAUUGCUUAGUGCAAAAACUAGGAUUGAAACGGACCUACACCGAUUUCCGAGGGGGGAAACUCGUUCUCUGGUUUGUGGCUGGGAGGCACUGAUUGAGCAGGAGUUGGAGAAGGAGCUUUAAAGAGAAUCAGAUGGACAACCUCGAGCAGAAACCUCAUCACCAGGACCGACAGCGCACAGGCAGCAGCCCCGGCUCCAUGUGCCAGGCAGGGAUGAGAUAGAGCUUGAGCUUUAGCGCCAGGUCUGAUGCUAACGAGGCUCUGACUGGAGGUUUCAAGGAGUAACGAGCUAUGAGAGAAAACCAAGCUACCCAAAAGGAAUGUCUUGGGAAAAGACGCACCAGCGUUGCCGACCUGCACCGUGCUGACCUGUGCAAGAGCCCUGCCGGUGCUGGGGAUGCGCACAGCACCGGGAGAGGACGCCCAGUCCAGCUGACUGGGUUAUUCUGCUGGCAUUAGGAUGAAGGGAGAAAGGGUUGUUUUUCCAACAGGGCUCUAAAAUUCAGAAUCAAGUCCUGUAAGUGAUUAAAUAACAUUUUGUCAUCAUCGUACGUUCUGUACAUUCCGCAUGUUCCGCACAGCAUGGAACACACCAGCAGCCCGGAAGCAACUAAACGUUCCCUGAGCACUGGCGGUCUCUGCAUGCCCACUUCUGCUUCAGGUUCCCAGCGGAGAGCUUGGAAAUCAGUUUAAUUUCUACAGCCUAUUGUAACUCUUUCUGCUCUGUUUACCACCAAUGUUUACAGCCAAUUCUUUGCUGCCCAUUCGCAUCCUUACAGCUCUCCCAGGUUGAUGUAACAAGAAGCCAAAUCAAGUUAUUUGCCAAGAUGCUACUGUCUUGCACCAAACCAGGCCAUAGGCUCUUGGGUUUGCCGUGUGCUGCAAGCCAGCUACUUCCAAGCUCCUCUUUGUGGGAUUCGCUCUAUGAACUCCUGUGCAAACCUACAGGCGGUUCAGGGGUCGCAGCCUGCCGUGCUCAAGCCAUGCUGACGCUCAGCACCUCACACGCACAUCCUGCCUGUCAGAAUCCUAAAAUCAUGGCAUGGUUUGGGUUGGAAGGGACCUCAAAGCCCAUCCAGUUCCACCCCCUGCCAUGAGCAGGGACACCUCCCACUGGAUCAGGGUGCAAAGCCAUCUACAACGUCAGAACCAACUCGGCUGCCUCUGAGUUAGAAACUCUGAGAAAUAACUUGCAAGGAGCCCGGCACGCCCUGCGGGGACAGGCGCUGCCCUCCGUUUCCUCCUGGGUAAUGACAAGCUCAUAUCUAAUGCAAAUUGACUCAAGUAUGAAUGAAGGGAAGCUUUGCUGUUUUCUCACUUAAACCCCUUCCCCCAGGAUAUUUUCCUAUCUCAAAUGUUUUCUGCCAUUAGAACAAAACCUGUCAGUCACGUAAAAUCACACAUUUAAUGUUUAAAAGAAUGGGCAAGCUUUUCCUUAACAAUGACAUGUCAGGUUUGGUUUUUUUUUCCUGGGCCCUUUGUGCACAGACAGGGUUUGAUAAACUGAAGCGGAGCAGCGUUUCCCCAGUUUGGACAGUCCGUGCCUGUGCUACCGCCUGUGCGGCAACAGCAACGGGAUCAGUCUGUCAGCGUUGGAGUUUUAGAGGCGAAUCUUUGCUGUUGUGACCUUACAGCUUCCC